AUGUCACUUUUAUCAACAUUCACGAGAUGCGCUGCGGCGAAUAGCAGAUUAUGUCUGGUACAAGGUCGAAGAGCCUUCCGUGUCGAGUCUAAUUUCAGAACGGCAGCAACUUCGAAUUCUGAGAACAGCUUCAUCACUCGGAAGGAGAUUGCAGGGAAGGGCGAAUCUGUGCAAGGUGGCCCAACCUCACAAGUUCAAGGUCACACUGGCAGAUUCGAUUCUUCUACCAUCUCACGGAUUCAUGCCGCCGAGAAAGAGAUCACUGGCUUGGAUCAGGCAAUACGUGGAGGUCCAACCGCCCAGGCUCAGAAACAUGCAAACGAGCCCAUCGGCAGUGACAAUCUCCAUGAUAUCACCGAGGGUGAGAAGAAAGUCACAGGUGGCGAGAGAGUAAAGAGUGGACCGACUGCAACUGCUCAGAGCGAGUUGGGAAAGAAAGAUGUUGAUUGUGUUGUGAUCUUCAAAGGCCAACUUGAUCUGGCCACGUCCUUGGCACUGUAA